UUCUGAGAAAUCUGCAGCUUUGACCUUUUUUGUACUUCCCCGUUGCUCACACUGAAAAGCCGCCUGACUGAAACAAACAGUUAAGGACAGGGUCACUUCAUUUCAACUUCGUUCAAGAUGAACUCAGAUAUUCAAGCUGCAGAUGAGACACUUCAGGACACGGGAGGAACAGAGGAGAGCAGAGUGGAGGUCUACGAGAUUCUGGAAGAAAGCGUUGCUGAUGCCAGUGAGACCCCUCCACCACGCCACGGAGGACCGCUCACUGAACACAGAAGACGCCAUUUCGGGGUCACUGCGAGCGUUCUGGGGCUGCUGUAUCUCCUGAUAUGUGCUGGGAUCUUUGUGCGCUACCUGACGUAUAAAACCAGUUACGAGGAGCUGCAGACCAGUUACGAGGAGCUGAGCAACAGUUAUAAAAACCUGAACAACAGUUUAUGCCUGUCUGAGACCAACAGCACAGGGUUUUGGAGAAGGUUUCGAUGCAGCUGCUACUACCGAUCUACGGAGAUGAGAAGCUGGAGUGAGAGCAGAGCGGACUGUGUGAACAGAGGAGCAGAUCUGGUGAUCAUCAACAGCAAAGAGGAACACCUUCUGGGAUAAAGACAUCAAUGUGGAACCUGUGGAAGGGUCCAAAGUUUACAUCAAUCAGGGAGGAAAGAUGAACCAAACCAACAACGGCUCGAGAAGAUGGAUAUGUGAGAAACCAAUCAACAGAGACUGACAUGUAACGGUGAUUCUUUCCUGGUGACCUCACUAACGGUUAUGGAAUGGAUUUAAAUAUUCUGUCCCCAUGUUUAUGUCCAAAGCUUCUUGGUGUCAGAGUCUCACAUUUUGGGUCUGCCCAGAUAUAGUCUGUGAGGGAAACACCGUGCAGACAGUCGCCUACCGCUAUUCACUGCACACCUGCCCAAAUGAAUGUGUGUAUGUAAGCGUGUUGAGGAGAGGGGAAGUUACCAAAGCUAACCAACAACUUCUACAACACGUGUUAAUGUGUGUCCAGAUACUAGAGCAAUACAUCAAAUGUGUCUGUUGUUGAUAUUAAUAUCAUAAAUGGUCAGCUGCUCUAGGCAUUAUCAUGUUUGUCUCUCCAUGAACUCGCUCUCUUUGGCUUUUAGUGUUUUUGUUCCAUCAUGUCGGUCUGAGUCGCCUUAAACUCCAGCGUUCAGUCGGCUUGAAGGAUUUUAAAUCCAGGAUGAAGGAUCAUUAACGACUGUGUGCACAUGUUUCUCUGCAGAGCGCUUCUGAUUUGUUUGAUGCUGCAGUCUCAAUAAAGUUCACAUUAAAUGUUAAA